UUUGUACAGCGUGGGAGACUUUAUUGAGUGACUAGGCACAUAAAACAUCUGAUAAGUUGAUUUUGACAAUGUUGUUAAAACAUUGGUGUUAUCAACUUAUAUUUACUUGUAUUUGUAUCGUUAAAAUUUAUCAGGAAACUUAGCAUGUCAGAUUUUAUGGCGUUUCUGCCAUAGUUCAUCGUCCUUUAUUAUACAGCUCACCCUUAUCAAAUCAGUUAAGUGCACAACUUAUUCAUUUAACUUUAAGAUAACUUGAUUAAAAUCGGACGGGUGUCAUGCAAAAUCAAAGAUAGGUUCGUAAUUAAAUAUUCAAUAGCUUGGUAUUAAUUAUAAUCCUUCCAGAACAAUAGACGCUUUUAAUCGUGUAAUUUAACUAACAUUUCAUAAUCGCAUCUCUCUCAGUCAUUUGCUUAUCUUCAAAUAUUUGACUUGUUCGCUUAAUUUAAUCUAUGUAAAUACUAAAGCAACAGUUAAUUGUUUAAUACUUCAGGCUAAUUAAGAGUUCCGCCAAAUAGACACGAAUCAUUAAAAAUGUAAUUUUUAAUUUAAACCUACCUACUUAAGUACCUACCUACCGCUCAUAGAUAUAAGAAGUAAGUAGUAGCACCUUCUAUGAUCUGAGCUAUCGCUGAACUAUACGGGUUAGUUAAUCAAAGUGGGCCAGUGGGGAGCAAUUUCUUUCUUUCAAAUAUACGAAAAUUAGCCCGAUUGUAGAAAAACAAUAUUACAUUUUUUUUUUUUUUUUAAUACGGUCAAAACUGUCCAAUACCCGGGUUUUCUUGGGUAAUAAAUAGUUCUGAUUGUUAGAUACUAUUGUUGUUUAUGGAACAAAGACAUUUUAAAUAAUUAAACUUGGUUUUAGAUCUUUUAUAGUGGGUAAAUUGACUCACCAACAAGAAGCGGCGAACACAGACGAUGGAAAAUGGCGCAGGCAGAAAUUAUGAGGGCUUUGUUUGUACUAAACCAAAUGAAUAACAAGUGUUGCUAAUCGAACUAAAUGAAUAAAAAGUUGUAAUACUUUGUGUCUGCAAAUGGAAUAAAAUCACUGUGAAAUAAAAAUUGUUCACCACACCAACUGUUAGAGGCCCUCUUUAUUGUUCAAAAACGAAUGAGAAAGUUGCAUUUUAUCCACAUGUGGGGCAAAGUAAUAAGAUGCAAAUUUUGAGUUGUUUCGUUAUGUUAGCUUGUAGAAUUGACUUUUAAAUGAUGAUUUUGAAUGAUAAGUACAUUUUUUAUUACGCUCAUUUGGAUUUGAUUUAAUUUGGUGGUUUUUUGGUAUUUCUUAGUUAGUAGUUUCCUUGCUUUGGUGUGAAAAGUGUUCUGUUUCACUCGGACGCAAAGUUUGUUUAACCUUCGUGCCUUGAAACCCUCGCAAUGCUCAAGAUUUCACUUCUCGAACCAUUCGCUACGCUCGUGGUUCAAUUUCGGAAUCCUUCGCUUGCUCGGCACGACAGAUAUUAACACGAGCGGUUAAACAACCACUUUGCCCCCUUGUAAAACAAAUAAUUAUUGAUGUCGUAGGUAUAGAGUUAGUUGCAUGCGUAGGUCAAUAAAUUAGAUUGUAUUUAAAAAUAUGGUCAGAAUAUUGUAUGUAUGUUAUAUACUUGUAUUAAAAGUAUGAUAUGACCGUACCAGUACCGGUCCGAUUUCAUGAUAAAAACUGAUUUACAGUUACAUGACCGAAAUCUUAUCAUCAGUACAUACUCGAUAAUGAUAAGCCAAAUAUCAUAUCGUGCAUAUGUCCAUUUGAAAAAGAUAUAAACAGGAUCAAUCAGUGUGUUAAUUGAUCAGUUUAUCAUCCACAUCCGUAAUGCUUUGUUGAUUUAAUUAGCUGCAAAAUGUUACGUGAAUUUAUUUUGUUCUUGUGUUUAACAAAUGUAAUAGAAAGUGCGCGGAUACUUGGAGUGUUUCCAAUACCAUCCAUCAGUCACCAGGUCGUGUUCAGAUCGCUAACAACAGAAUUGGCUAAAAGGGGGCAUGAAGUUGUAGUAAUAACAACUGAUCCAGCAUUCAAAAAUGGAAAAGCACAAGCAAAUUUUACAGAAAUUGAUGUACAUGAUGUUUCAUAUAAAACUUGGAACGCAAUGAUUGACUCCCUAGCAGGGGCAGCGCCGUAUACGAUGCUGACGACAGCUCUCCAAAUGAUGGUCGACGUAGUAAAGGUUGAAGUUGAAACCCCUCAGGUUAAAGAAUUUAUAGCUAAAGAUCAAAAGUUUGACUUGGUUAUAGCUGAAGCCUGCGUGCCAACAGCUUUAGGUUUUGCGUAUAAAUAUAAAGCACCUGUUAUACAAAUGAGUUCAUUCUAUGGGUCAAGAGUAAAUUAUGAUUCCAUGGGAGCUCCAACACAUAUGUUUUUAUAUCCUGAGUUGUAUAGACAAAAGUUAAGAGACUUAUCAAUUUUAGAUAAAAUUCUAGAAGUAAUAAUCGAGUUAGUGUUAAGGUUCGCAUAUGCUAAUUAUGUUGAUGAUGUGAAUAGGACGCUCAAGAAAUAUUUUGGAGAGGAUACACCAAAUUUAUCUGAGUUGGAGGAUAACAUAGAUAUGCUUUUUGUAAAUACAAACCCCACUUGGGAAGGAAACCGGCCCGUGCCUCCAAGUGUGGUGUAUUUAGGUGGACUACACAUGCAACCUGUAAAAGAACUUCCAAAUGACCUCAAAUCCUAUCUCGACACAUCCAAGGGGGUGAUUUACGUCAGUUUCGGUACUAACUUCAACCCGUCCACUCUCGCCGAAGACAAGAUCCGUUUGUUACUAAACGUGUUCUCGAAAUUACCCUACGACGUUCUAUGCAAAUGGGAUGCCGACGACGUACCUGGGAGACCCAGUAAUGUGAGAAUAGUUAAGUGGGUCCCGCAAAACGACUUGCUAAGGCAUCCAAAAAUUAAGUUAUUUAUCACUCAAGGAGGGAUGCAGUCAACAGACGAAGCAAUUGCUGCAGGCGUACCUUUGAUAGGUAUACCCAUAUUGGUGGAUCAGUUCUUCAAUACGGAGAAGUACAUACAACACAAGAUUGGAGAGAAGCUGAUAAUGGAGAAAUUAACUGAAGAAGAGUUUUAUAACACAAUUAUGAAAGUUUUAGGAGAUGACAGCUACCGUCAAAACGUGUUGAAACUCCGUACGUUAAUGGCGGACCAGCCGAUGUCGGCACUGGAGCGCGCGGUGUGGUGGACGGAGCACGUGUUGCGGCACGGUGGCGCGCGCCAUCUGCGGGCCCCAGCAGCCAACAUGGGAUGGGUGGAGUACCUUGAAUUACCCCUUAUAGCAACUUUACUUGCCAUCCUAGUAACUACCUUAUUCAUUCUUGUCUGGACCUUAUACGUAUUCGUGAAAUUGGUUAAAAAGUUAUUUAGGAGCAAGUCGAAAAAAGACUGAGCUCAGAUUUUAUUGAAUUUAAGUUUUAAAAAACUUGCAUGCUUUGUAUUUGUAAUAACAUGAGCCUAAUUACAAGCAUAAAACCGUAAUAACUCAAUCAUACAUUGGAAUAUGUAAAUUAACCUGACGAGAUAUACGUGACUUACAUAAAUGUUUACAAUUUCCUCACUUGAGCCAAGCAUAAUAGCAAAAACUGACUUUGAAAAAUCUGCAAGAACAUAUAUAUAAUCGUGUGUGUUUGUGAGUAAAUGUUUUUUUAUAAAUAACUUAGAAUUUAUUGCGCGAGAAAACAGUAAACAGUACCCCUAGUGUAAAUUUAAUCGACAUCAUAACGUGACGAACGCGUUUGCGUUAAGUCUCGUUUUGUAUAGGAUUUUGAGUUUCCAAAACGUCCCGCUUGGCGCGCUCUUCUAAAUCACAUACAAAAUGAGACUAAACGCAAACGCGUACGUCACGUUUCGAAAUCGAAUUUAUUUACACUAGGGGUAAUGUUGAAUGAUUAUUGGAUAGUUUGGAAUGUGUAUAAUAUAUAAUUUGAAAAAAAUAGGCGCCUAUGAUCAAUCUUACAUACAAAUUUUUAAUUAAGCGCUGUUGCACACUCUUUGCAGCAUCAGGCUUAUUUUUCUUAUUUGUCUAUUAUAAAUUCAAAUUUAAAAUUGACUUAAAAAAAGUAUUUGUCAUUCGGAUUACUUCAGGUUACUUUUUUAUACUGAUUUGGUUGUGUCGUUGAUGUGAUUUUCUAUUUAUUGUAAAUAUUUAUUAAAACAAUAUCAAAGGUAUAUUCCUCCCUUUUAUUCAUACAGUCCACCAUACCAUACCAUCUUUUUUAUUGGUCCUUCACCUCAUUUAUUCAGUGCCUAUUUAGUUUGACAGUUACGUUUUCGUGUUUACAUUUCAUUUUCUUUCUUUGGUUACUUUUUUAUACUGAUUUGGUUGUGUCGUUGAUGUGAUUUUCUAUUUAUUGUAAAUAUUUAUUAAAACAAUAUCAAAGGUAUAUUCCUCCCUUUUAUUCAUACAGUCCACCAUACCAUACCAUCUUUUUUAAGCGCCUCUUUGUAAGUUGGCUUGCUGUGAUUGUUUUAAAAUCAAAUUGUUAUUUAUACAAACAGUAAGUAAAUAUAUAUCUUGCAAUUUUA